CCGCGCUCCGGGCGCGCCUCCCUGCCCGGGGCCCCGCCGGGGAGCCCCGGCCCGUGGGCUGCCUGGACAGCUGGACGGACAGUGGACGGGCCCCGAACAGAGGCCCCAGUCCGGCCCUCCAGCCAGCCCCGGCGCGAUGCAGGCCCCCAGGGCGCGGCCGCCCCCCGGCAGGGCAGAGCAGGGUGCAGGCGGGUGGCACGGCGCUCCGGGGGGCAGAAGAGUGGCCCCCAGCGUCCUGGGCGCUCGCUCUGCCUCGGAGUCCCUGCGACACGUGACUGCCCCGGAGGGUCGCAGUCGGGGCCCGGGAAGGGGGCCUGCUCCUGCCUGCGCCAUCUCCGGCCUCUUCAACUGUGUCACCAUACACCCUCUGAACAUCGCGGCCGGCGUGUGGAUGAUCAUGAACGCCUUCGUCCUGCUGCUGUGCGAGGCGCCCUUCUGCUGCCCCUUCCUCGAGUUCGCCAACGCCGUGGCCGAGCGGGUGGACCGGUGGCGCUCCUGGCAGAAGGCCGUCUUCUACUGUGGGAUGGCCGUGGUCCCCGUCGUCAUCAGCCUGACACUCACCACUCUGCUGGGCAACGCCGUCGCCUUCACCGCCGGAGUGCUGCACGGGCUCUCGGCCCUGGGCAGGAAGGGUGAUGCUGUGUCCUACGCUCGGCUGCAGCAGCAGAAGCGACAGGCUGAUGAGACCCUCACUGAGACCCUCGAGGGGGAGCCCUGAGCCCCUGCACCCUCCACUCACCCACCAGCUCCCCCGCCUCGCCGAGAGGUGCUGGGCCGGGGGCUCCUUCCAGCAGCCUGAGAGCUGGAAAUGCCUGGGACUUACCAGACGGACUCACCUGGACAGCCGGGCCUCGGGCAGGACCCCCAGACCUGGGCCUGACUUGGGGCGGGAGGUGGGGCUGGGGCAGGAGCACGCGUGCUGGGUCCAGGCCGCCUCUGCCCACCUCCGUGGCCCACAGUGCUCCCGGGGUGCUCCUUGAGUGCCCGGUGCAGCAGCCUGGGGCCCUGGGCUGGGUGCUGAGCCGCCCUGAUGCUAAGGUGUGGGGAGCCCGUCCCCGUCCCGGGUGCUGCCCCCCGCGUCUCACUGGGCACCGCCCCCUGUGGGGUCUGACGGGCCAGCCAGUGGUGGCACCACGUCCCGCAGCGUCCCUCCCCACCCGUGCAUCGGCUCCUCCAGAACCCCGUCCUGCAGGGCUGGGGGGCGCGGGGGGCAUCCGCAGGUCAAAGCUGACCCCUGCUCAGCCCCGCCGGGCAGGGCCCAGGGCCGGGCUGUGCCGUGGGACGUGCCUUCAAGGCCUCUCUGGGCCUCUUCUUCCCGCCGGAGCUGGCUUCCAAGGGCUGAAGACGUGGCCUGCAGGCCACGUGGCCGUGUGUGUGCACGUGUGUGUGUGUGUGUGUGUGUCCUGUGUGCUGUGACUGUCUCUACCUCCCGGUGCAGCCACACGCCCGCCUGCAGGAGGGGCAGGCAGGGCUGGGUGUCGGGGCAGCGCUGCCUCACCGGGGUGGCUUUCUGUGCUUCCAGCAAUAAAGCCCAGAGACCCCCGGC